GAUAUGUAUUAGAUCUAGAUGUAUGGAGUCGAGUCACUCAUCGAUGCUGCAAAAAUCUUUUUUUCUUUAAAAAAAAAUUAUUUUCUGUUUGAAAUUUUGCAAGAAAAGUUUCAGCUCGGCUCGAUUCCAUCUGUAUUUUCGAUCUCGUUGAUUACUGUAUAUAUUUCGUCGUUCUGACCCUUGCGAUAAUUCGUAAUUGCGGAGGCUACUGCUUCUCCUCAAAAUCCUCAAUUUUGCUUCCUAAAAAAAAAUUCAAUUUUUUUUAGGGAGGCUCCCGCGCUAAUCGAAUAUAUCCCCAAUGGGCGAGGUCUCUCUGAGCCCCUGCGCGGGCUGCAACAGUGCCGAGGCCAAGAUCCGCGCUCUUUUAGAUCACAUCACGAAGAGUUUCUUGGACGAUCCGGCCAAAUUCCUAGGGUUUGAAAUCCCGAAAUCAGGGCCCGCUGACUACUCCGAGCUCUUCCAUCGGUGGGUCCGGAAAUUCGAAACGGAUGCAGAUUCUUCCGAGUCGAGGCCCUCUGCUAUGUGCCCGGAUCUGAAGAAGAGGAUCGAGGCGCUCGUGUACGAGCUGUUGAGUGAGAGAUACGGAGUUGCGAAGAGGAAAAGGGAGCCGGCGUCGGAUAUGUUGGCAUCGCUCAGGUGUUUCGCCGCUAACCCUUCCUUUGACCGGGCAGGAAGACGCCGGGAGGGCUGGGUCGACGAGGUUCUCAGGGCACGGAAAGCUUUGUUUCGGAGGGAUGAGGACGGCUGCAGCGCUCUGGGGCUUCCUUUUCUGAAAAAGCAGAAAACACAUAAAUUUCUUCGUGCAACAGACAAUAGUCCAGGUUCACCUCAUUUGGUAAACGAGCCAAUAAGAAGGUCUAAACGAGCAUUGCUAAAAAUCGGUGGAGGCGAAUUUUCAAGAAAACGCAUUCCUCUUGGUCCCUUCUUUCAGGCUGAUGUACCUGAAUGGGCAGGUCCACCAAGUAAAAAGGAUUUACUGGAUGAUACCUAUAAGUGGCUGGGAACCAAACUUUGGCCAAUAGAAGGUGAUAAUAGACAAUUCGAUGUGGAAGUUAUUGGUAAAGGAAGGUCAGACUCGUGUGAUUGCACUUCUCGAGGGUCUGUUGAGUGCAUCAGAUUCCACCUAAACAAGGCGAGGUUUCAGUUUAAGUCUGAAUUGGGUCCAGCUUUCUUUAGUUUAGGCUUUGAUGACAUGGGUGAAGAAGUCUCUAAAUCAUGGACACAAGAGGAACAGAUGACAUUCGAUGAUCUUGUGAGACAGAAUCCAUCAUCAGAGGGUAAGAGCUUCUUUGAACCUGCUCUGGAGUACUUCACUGCCAAAAGCAGGCGAGAUAUUGUGAGCUUUUACUUCAAUGUAUUUGUUCUACGGUGGAUGAGCAUCCGAACCAGGCUGGGUGCUUGGACAGUUGAUAGCUGCGAUGACGAAAACUUUGGAUGAAGUUGAACAGAAUGGAAGGUCACAUUGGGCAUCAUACUUCACAAGGUUGAAAAUGAUGUCUCAGAUUUUUCUCUCCUUUUCACACUGAUAGUAAAUUGUUGCUUAUCUGCAGCUUCAAGCGCAUCUAAGCUGUGUAUUAAGUUUCUGAAAUUAGCUUCCUUCUACGUUAGUAUAGACAACACUUCUGCAACAACCAAUCAGAGAUGAGAGAAAAUGUGGUGAAAAGGAUAUAAGAUGACCCUUACUAUAAAUAUUUUGGUGGGCCCCGGACAUUUCCAAUUAUAAUUUGACAUAGCUAGACCUCUGCCAAUUGACAAGUGCUUGCACUCCACCCUCUUGACUUGAGUAAGCUUGAACAGAGGGCAUAUGUAGAAGGUGUCUUACAAAAUAUUGACAGUUUCUGCUGAUUUGUUAUUUGGCAUUUAAUGAUAGAUUAUUACUAGUGGGCGGUGAUAAGUUGAGCUUCUGAGAUUAUGGGAGAGAAGGUUCAUUGCACUUAAAAAUUUCAUGCCAGAGGAGAAGUUUACACUGUUUACACCAAGUAUGCUCUGUUGGCAGCAUCGUGAUCUGGAGACACAUUGAUUCUUGGUUUGAAAUGCAACUUAUAUUCAUAAUCUUGCUUUUAUUUGUACGGUGUUGAAUAGUCUGCCUCAGGUGGAACUACUCACGAGUCACGAUAUUAGCCUUCCUAUUCAUUGUUGGGUUGGGCCUAUUGGCCAAUUACCUUUAGUUAUGAUUUUGUAUCAAAGUGAUUAUAGUGUUAUACAACCCGAAAUAUGUUCCAAAAACUAGCAUUUAUAUCCUAGCACUCAUUAGUAGAUAGGGUCUUCUAUGCGAUGGAGCUGCUUAAAGUGAAUUCCUGUGUAGAGCAGCGUAUGCUAAAUAGCCAUGAAUGAGCUUCAUUGAACUGUAAUUGACAAUGUCGGUCACCCCUGAAUCCUUGUUCCUAGACUUCAUGAGCUAUAAACUUGUUGCAGAAAGCUCUUUUUUUUUUCACUUGGUGCUAUCCCUAUGGUUUACUCUGGUUUGCUGUGGAAAGUUGAAAACCGUCAAGGAUUUUUGUCUUCCCUUUUGAAUCAUAAAAUUCAUAAAAGAUUGAGAGAGUCCAAAUUAUACUCCAGUAACAUACUUGGGUAUGAUUUUAUACAAGUUUUUUAUUAGAAAAGGUUAACAUUAGCCUUCCGAACCAUGCAGAAGCAUGAUGUAAAUCCAUGGAUGAAGGAUAAAUCCACAAAAAUUGCAGGGUCAAGAAGAGGUGGAUGUCUGGUUUUUGUUGAGACUUGGAAUUAUAGCUUCUCCUCUUUUUUUAAAGCUUUACCCAUAUUUAUAAUUAUAGGUAUAUGCUACAUUAUUUCAAGUUGCCAAGAAAAUGUAAUCUUUUCCAGAACUCUGUCCAACUUCUAACUUCUUUCCUCUUUUGAUCUUAUUCCAUAUCUUGAUCCCCCAUUUUGAUCUAGGCCAUAGAUGAUAUUUGCGAAGUUGAACCACAAUCGUUGUCCAGUAACUUAAUGUUGUCGGACCAGUAACUUGUAGAUUAAGCUGUUUGCAAAAUCUACCUUGUUGGUUAAGUUUUCAUUCCAAGUGGUUAUCCAACAUAGACAAACCCUGGUUACUUGUGUCAGAAAAAUAUCAAGAACAUUAACCGUUGUGAUCUGCAUUUUUUUUCCCUUCAAUGUUUCUAUGCUUAACUCAACUUAGAGAGCUCCUACAUCAGCAUUGUACAGGAAAAAAAAGCUUCCAUAAGCUUGCUCGAGCUAUCAGACUUGAAAGCUGAUUCCUGUUUAGCUUUUCCUUCUUCGCUCUAUGUUGUUUCUCUCCUGGUGAAGAAUCAGCCACCGUCACCUUUGUUUUGAGAGAGAGAUCUCUUGGCUCUUAUUCUCAAAUGAUGUGCUGGAAACGGUCUUCAAUGGACCUGCCUUGCGAAGUCCACUCAUAACUUGCCCUAUGUCUCAAGUAAUUCUAGUUUUGUGCGGAACAUAUUUGGUUCCAUGCUUUGGCUCUGCUCUUGAAACCAAAAGUUUAUUUCUAACCGAAUAUCCAGGGAAUGGACAAUCUGAAUUAUGAAACAAUGGAAAUUAUUCUGCAAAAUGUACUCAUGUUUGUAAGAAGCUUUUGUUUGUGUUGAUCUUCAAACUCACACACAUGCAUGAAAUUAGAACUUUUAGCUCGUUGCACUUGCUUUAUUACCAAUAAAAGGGAAAACCAAUUGAGAUGGGAAUGGAUCCAUUCCUUGCUUUUCUUUUUCUUUUUUUGUCCUACGGACCAAAGGGUGAUGAUACCUAUGCAGCCCAAUCUAACUUUUAUUACAGUGGACGCCACACUCUCAUAUGAUGAGUCUAUUUUGCGAACUCCAAGGCGUUGCCCUGCAUCAUGCAGCCCCUCCAGCUUUUCAUAGUGCCGGGGGCCAAAGAGCUCUUUGGAAUAUUGCACAUCCCUAAGAGUGAUUUGCUUAGAAAUUGUCCCCCAUUCUCGUGUUCUUCUCCUAUGCCAAACAAUGGAUCCCUUCAUUGGGAUUCUCCUACCAUGUGUAUGUAUAUAAAAAGGCACAGUUGUAGGCUUGUAGUAUAGUUGAAGCGUGGUUUAAUUAAAGGGGGGCUUUUAAUUAAGUUAGUCGUGGUCGUCGUCUUCGUCAUCAUCAUCAUGUGGCCUCUAAAAGUUGUGAACCCUUAAGACUUUGAGUUGGGGACGGGUGGAAGCUUGUGCAGAAAUUGCUGAAAAAAGAAGGCUGCUUUGCUCAACGCUCAUCGGGAUCAAGAGCUAGGCCCAAGUAAUACC